AAAAUUAAAUAAAGUAAAUAUUUAAAAAUUUUAAUCAAGAAAGUAUAAUUUAGAAAUUUUAUCUAGAUGGAGGGUAAUAUACCAAAUAUAAUUCAUAUAAUGCAAGAGGAAAUCGAAAAUCCUGUUAGCUUACAUGAAAUACAAGAGCGAUUAUGGCUAGGAAAUUUAACUGCAGCUUCCGAUAUAAAAGUAAUUAAUGAACAUAAAAUUACACAUAUUAUAACGUUAGAUUUAGUUCCAUUACGUCGACAAAUUACAGAACUAUCUGAAUUAACAACAAAAUUUGUACAAAUCGCUGAUGUGCCCAAAGAAGAUAUACUUUCUCAUUUCGAAGACUGUUACAAUUUUAUAGAUAACUGUUUACAAGAAAAUGGUACUGUUCUUGUUCAUUGUUAUUACGGAAUGUCUCGAAGUGCCACAAUCGUUAUUGCCUAUGUUAUGAAAAAAAAUAAUAUGCCUUUUGAUGAAGCCUUUGAGUUAGUGAAGUCAAAACGUAAAUUCGUGCAUCCAAAUCACGGAUUUCAACAUCAAUUAAAAUUAUAUGAAAAAAUGGGCUAUAUAAUUGAUAAAAAUUAUCCAAAAUUUCGUGAUUUUCGUUUAAAAAUUGCUGCGGAUCAAGUGAAAAAAGUGAAAAUACUUCCACAAACUUCCAUUGAUUUAAUCAAACCGGAUCCUGGUGUGGUCCAAGUUAAGCCAGAGCCAUUGGUUUAUCGAUGUAAAAAAUGUCGACGUAUUGUGGCUUCACAAUCUAACAUCAUAACUCAUUUAGACAGAGAAGCCCAAAUAAAUCAUAAGCUUAAAGAAAAACAUAGGAUAAGACAUCUUACCGCCGAAGAGCUUGCUGCGGAGAAUGAAGGUAAUAAGAAUGCUGAUGAUGUUCCUGAAGAAGAAAUAGAAAUAUGUCGAAAAACGUAUUUUAUUGAACCGUUAGCAUGGAUGAAAGAUAUUUGUCAAAACACUCAAGGAAAAUUGUACUGCCCAAAAUGUAAUAAUAAAAUUGGUUCAUUUAGCUGGAUUAUGGGUUGUCAAUGUCCUUGUGGAAGUAAAGUUUCCCCAGCAUUUUAUUUAGUCCCAUCAAAAGUGGAAUGGUCCAAUGUUGUACAGAAUGUGCAAGUUACAGUUUAAUUUUAAUGAUAAUUUUUUUUAGGUAAAUUCAUUGAAACCUUUCUUAUUGUAUUCCGAAUUGUUUGUGAUAUUUUAGUUAGAAAAACCUUAUUUAAAUUUAAUUCUAUUAAUUUAUAUACAGGGUGUGCCAAUCUUUUGUUGUUUUUUUCAAAGCUACUUAAUGUUUUCAUCAUGGGGAUCGCCAACUGAUGGUAAAGAGGGAGGAAGUUGCUUUAUGGAGAAUGGGAAAAGUAUGAAUUAUUAUUAAAAUUAGUCCUAGUUUACCAUGAAUUUACCAGAAAUCGGAGGCGAAGCCCAUGGUUUACAUACCGAUAUAAACGAUGGCGCACCCGUUAGAGUAAGGAAUAUUUGCGCAUUAGCGUGCAAAGUGACUAAUGUAUAAGUCACUUAAAUAUAAAGGCUUUCUAAAUAAAUAAGAUCUAAGAUUUCCCUGGACAUUUUGAAUUUUUCUUGGUACCGAAAAGGACAGGAUGGUACAGGAGCCUUGAAACUAUUUCUUUUAAAAAUAUGCAGUCAAAUGGGUCUAAGUCAGAUAGUAAAUUUCGUAUGACUUGGGGGAAAGGGUAAACAUGAAGUUUGAUAUAUAAGUUUGAUAAGUCGGCCUAUCGGGUUUAAUACCGGCUUAAUUUUUCCCGUUAAACAGGGAAAUUGGCUCAUAAUUUUACGCUUCUCCAUCAAAAGAUCUGGAACAUUUCUUCAUAUGGCUUUAAUUUGAGUCCGUGCUACAAAGAACGUAGGUACAAUGUCAUACUUACUAAAUUAUUGUCGAAAUUUUAUUAUGAAAGUCCGUUAAAAUCUACUUUCUACAAAAAAGGUCCUAUCUUAUGAUUCGAUUUACUGCACCGUUCAUGAGAUGUUGUUUUUACAAAUGUUACAUUUAGAAGUCAAAAUGUGUGUUCCAAAUUUUUAUGGCAAGGCACUUUUUGUUGACUAUAUACAAACUGACAAAUUUCCGUCGAAACCUAUUUUAGUUAGAAGGUGUUAAGAAAAGUAUAUUUUUAAAAAAGUUAAUAAUUCCAAAAAUAUUUUUCUAAAAUUAGUUCAAUUUUUAUGGAACGUUAAUUCUAUUUAUAAUGAUUUAGAAGAGAGAAAAAUUACCUACUGUUAGAAUUCAAACAUUUAUUUAAUACAGGAUGCACAAAAAAAGAUGCAAUCGAAAAAAAAAACUUCAUCCACACUCUCGCGGAGUAUUCUCACCGAGUAUACUAAAAAAUUAAGCCGAAGUGAAGCAUAUGAUGAUAUGAAGCGUAAAUUUUGGAUUCAAAAUAAAUAAGCAUAUUCUUCCUUAAAAUAAUUCAUGAAUUCACUUCUUAAAUGCUUUUCUUCAAAGCAAAAGAGACUCUUUUGCCAACACAGAAAUUGUCACCGUUUAGCCGACAAAGCACUUGGACUUCUCGCGAUAGUAUGAUAUUAUGGCUGCCGACUAUGGCAAUUAUUAUACAAUAGCUACUGUCACGAGAAUGUGAAGAUGAAGCCUGCAAUCGUCGGGAUGUCUCAUUACUCGUGUUGCCUUUGAUUCGGUUUCAAAAAACCGCUUUUUUAGCGAAAGGUAAAACAGGUGAGACACCACAAGUAUCACCUCCACAUUCUCCUUUCUCACCUGACUUUGUACUACUUCGCGAUAGUGUGAAGGUGGCUUUAUGGUCAGUACAUCAUUCCAUUUUAGAUUUAAAAUUCAAAAUCGUGUGUUCAUAGUGCAUCUUUUUUUGUGGCAACUUGGAUAAUAUUGAACCAGUCGUAUAAUUUUGAUCUUUUUGGAUCCAAAUAUUAAAAAUAAAAAUACCAAUUCUAUGUGUUUUGUCAUGGACAAUAAAUAUAAAACUUAUA